AUACCUUACCUUGCGAUGAUUCCAGGGCUCAACAUCCCUGCAGCCCAGUCCCUGGCUGCAGCAGACUUGUAUAAAAAUGGUAUUUUACAUAUUUUCUUGUGUGUUACAGAGGAUGGGCUAGAGGAGCUUGCUGAAGACUUAAAUAGUAGUAAGAUCAUGUAUGCUGUUGUCAAAGUCAUUGAUACCAACACCACCAGACCAAAAAUUGUCCUCAUAAAUUGGCAAGGUGAAGGGGCCCCAACUAUACGCAAGGGUACUUGUGCUCGACAUCUCCAUGACAUACACAAGCUGCUCAGAGGCGUGCAUGUUACGGUUAAUGCCCGAACAGAAGAGGAAGUGGAACCUGAAGUUAUUAUGGCUGCAGUUCUUAAGGGAUCGGCUACAACUUAUAACUUCAAUGAACGAUCAGAGAUCAAUGAUAAAACGGUUCCAGUACCGAUGCCUAGUGGUGCUAGUGGUGCUGCUGUAGCUUCUGGUGAUGGCCCCCCAAUUUUUCCCUCUAAAAAGCCUAAACCCAAAUUGAAAUCUGAAAUGGGUACUAAUUACAAGCGCACAAAUCCUCUUGCCGAGAUAGAUUCAAAGUCUCGCAAUAAAUUUUGGGAGGAACAAGAAGCAGAGGAGAAGAGGAGAAAAACUGAAGAACAGCGCCUAAAGGAAGAAGAAUUAAAAAAGCUUGAAAAUGAACGUAAACAGCGAGAGAUCAUUGAUGCUCAACAUCGUGAACAAUUAACCAAAGAAAGAAAUGCGCGCAUUAUUGCCGAGAGGAAAGCUGAAGAUGAAGCAGCCCAUCGUGUUGCUGCUCGGCAGGACAGUAAAUGGCAACAGGAACUUGAGAGUCAGCAUAAUGAUGAAGCUGAGCGAGCCAGGCGUGCCGAGAUGAUGCGUUUGGAGCGGAAAAAAGAAGCAGAAGCUCUCAUUGGCCAUCGGACUCAUUCUACACGAGAUUUGUUUGAAUCUGGUAUCAGUAAUUCUAAGCAAGCAACAGAUAAAAACCGUCCACCUCCACGUCGUCUAAAAGAAUUCAAACCUGUCAACAGUCCAAUGAGCAGAGAAGAGGGAAAGGAAAAUAGUCCCUCAGCGCCGAGUAGAGGGGUAGCUGCUCGCUGGCCUCCAGUCUCAUCAGAUCGUCCACAGCAACCAGUCACACCCACACAGAGCAGAGGCGAUUUGGUGUCACAUGCGUUUGCAUCAUCAAAUACCCGCACCCCAGUCCUGGAUACAAUACCCCCUCAGUCAUCACCUCCAGCGCCGCCCGCCAAGCAAGCCCCAGAGUCUUUACACCCGCAGCCGGAAGUUAAUUCUGGCUUUGUGAGGAACUUGCUACGGGAUGGGCUGCCAGUUCGACCAGCAUCAGAGGAUGAGGAUACUACAGCCCAAGAUGAGUGGGAGACGUGUCCACAGGAUGCAUACCCUAGCGUCUCCCAUUUUGAACCUCCAGUUAACAAUGCAAACAGCAGUCAGACUAAUCAUCAAAUCUCCUCUCAACCCUCUCCACCACCACCACAACCACAACAGUCUUCCUUAAACCAAAGUCCCCCAUCUUCAAGUUCCUUACACCAAACCUCACCACAUCAAAAGGAUUCUGUGACAUUCCAAGUUCCCUCAAACUUCACUAAUGGAGAUGGUGAUUCUCAGAUCUAUGAAAACACAGCAGUAGAGACAUUCAGAAGUUCCCAUCAUAAUGGUGCACAAGAAAAGCAUACAUACAGUCAUACAGAGCAGCCGGCUUCAGUUAAACCAUCGUCCAACAGCGCCAAUAAUUUGUACGAAACGGACAUUCACCAAAUUAACUCGAGCACAUCAGGGGCUCCUGGCACCACUCCUGCUGUUGGCAUGGUAUACGAAGUUGAUGGAAUGGAAUAUCAGAUUCUUCCUGAGCAUGGGUUGUGUGCCCGGGCACUGUAUGAUUAUCAAGCCGCUGAUGACACCGAGAUAACCUUUGAUCCUGCAGAGAUCAUCACCAACAUCGAUCAGAUAGAUGAGGGUUGGUGGCAAGGCGUUGGCCCUGAUGGCAUGUUUGGCCUGUUCCCAGCAAAUUAUGUAGAACUCAUCAACCAGUAACCUGUUUGAAUCAUGUUGUUUCCAACAGGUGUUAUAGCUUAUUAUGCUGAGGUGGGCAGUGAACCCAGUCAUUAUUUCCAUAGACAUUUGACAAGCGAAAUAUAUAAUUGGUGCAUUUUGUAAUCGAUAUGUAUGUUUAAAACCUGAUAUGCCUUAGUUUUAAUCACAUUGCAUAUUGAUGGCUGCAUUGAUAAAUUAUUAAAAAAUUACUUACUUUAUGGACUUGACCACAUACAUGUACAAAAUAGAAAUAAUGUAUUUGCAGUUAUCAUGUUGACCUAAAAACCUGCAGUAACAUUAUAUUUGACAGAGCUCAUUGCUCUCUGUUGCACAUAUCCCGAAUAGAGAAGUGGAAAAUUAAUAUAAUUUGUCAGUGGUAACUCAUUUAUCAAGCUAAAGUACUUCUAUGGUACUUGUUGCUUUGAUUAACUACAGUAUAUAAUUAAUUUUACCUUGUAAAUCUGUAAAUAUGAAAGUUCAUUUCAUAUGUCAUGCAGAGAAACUAAGAGCAUACUACCAGGUUUUAGGUACAGUACCUAAAAUCACUGUUUAUACUCAGGUAGUUCACACUAAUUCUCUCUUAUGUUGUCUUAUAAAAAGUCUUCCCUGUGCUCUCACUUUUAAUGAUUGAAAGAUAUAUGGUAACUUCUGAUUCCGAUCAGUCAUAUUUCAGUUUGAACUAAACUUGCUCCCUUUGGUUAAUUUUCAUAAUUUAUGCAUUAUCAUUAUGCACUUAAGCAUUUUCAUGUGGUGGGGUGGCGUCACCCCAAUAAAAGAAGAUUAUAGAUACUGAAGAAAAGCAUUUUGUUUGUUUGUUUACUAUAUCAUUCAUAAAACAUUAGAUAGCAUCACAAAUCAACAAGCACCACCUCAUUCCAGUAGUCAUCCUCAGCAAUAACCUACCUACCACUUCACAAGAUCAGGCGAUAUACAGUACUGUACAAAUGUACUUUCACUCAGUUAAUAUACAUGCAAUUCCCAUUGUAAGGAACAGGAGCCUAUGUAUAUAUAUAUAUAUACUUUAGGUACUUUCCCCCUUAUUUCACUAAUUCCCAGGUACCUAUUUACUUCUAGGUAAACAGAAGCAUUAGGUGUAAGGACACUAACUAGCCCAACUAUGUCCUAACCUGGAAUCGAACUUGGGAUGUACUAUAAUAUAUUACAUUUCUUAUUUUGUAUAGUAAUUUAAUGUUCCUAAAAUUUAAUAAUUGAACAUUAUAGUUUUAUAUAGUAGUCAUUAAGAGGCUAAACUGAUUAAAAAAAAUAAUUCUGGCUUCAUUAAAAAGGUUUAAUGUAAGAGCUGGUUGUAUGGCUUUAACAUUUUAGAGUUCUAUUUGAGAGCUCAUUUAGAAUUCAUUUGUUCAAGAAGGAAUAGCAAACAUCUACGUAUCCUGGUAAUCAUUCAUUGAAAGUGAUGUAGUGAGGAGCUUGAAAACAAUGUCUCUUACGAAGGUACAUUUUCUUUUAGACUCCUGACUGUAAACUGAAAUUUAUUUCCAUAAAUUUGGGAAGACAUUCAUUUGCAUUAUCAUAGUGAAGACACCAGGGACUUGGCACUAGAUAUAAUUGCAUUUGUUCCAAAUUUUUGAUAACCCAACCCAAUGAUUCUAACUUGUUAAGAUUGCAGUAUAUUUUGAUAGCACCAUAAUAUUUCAUGCCUGUGAAGAUACUGAGCACUUAGUUAAAUUUCACCCAAAGGAGCAUACAGUUCUGUUUGAGCUUUAUGCUGUUCAUAUAGUGUACACAAUGUGGCUCUGGAAUGGUGCGGGCCUUUCAUCUGGAGAAAGCUUGGAAGUGGUAAAGCAGCUCAGGCUGCUUAUCUUUGAUCCUGGUGUGAUUGAAGAUGGGCAUCAUGAUGAGGCUUUUACUCUUCCCUUGAUGGUACUUAAUAUUGUGCUAAGGUGUUUGGGUAGCUUUUACUAUAUAUUUGUUAUAGAGCCAGUUGGAAGUGAGUCUACACAGUGGUUGUAAUAUAGUUUGUAGGUCUGCAACCAGACAAGAUUUUUUAUACAUCACCAGUGACCUCUAGAUUGUUAGUAGAAUAAUGUUAACAGUUAUUGUAAAUUAACAAUAUAGCUCCUUUGCUGGAGAUGCAGGAAGGUUUGAAACAAAAAUGCAUUUUUUUUUUUUAAGUGCGUAACUUAAUAUUUUAGAAAAUUCUGCAAGGCGUGUGCCUCGCAAGUGAUACUUCUUUAAUGAGGGUGAACUCUCACCAGUGAUAUUAAAAAAGUUAUCUGCAACAGAUAUGAAGAAUUCAAUGUAUAGUACAUGGUAUUUAAAAAUGUGUUUAAAAUCCAUUAAAAUAAUUUAGCCCUGAAAUUUAUCCUAAAUAUGGACCUCUUAAAAAAUUAAAUUCACACUAUUUAAUAAGGCUUUGUGACCCUAUGAGCAUUGUGGGUUUGUGUUAAGAAACAUUGGUCUUCCCUUUUUGUGUGCCAGUAUUAAGGUAAGAAGUAAGAAUACUGUAUUCCUCUAUGGAAAGUCUCAAUAUCACAAGUCCUUGAAUUGGACAUGGUAAAGAAAAAAUACCCUAAUUUUGUUAGACUAAAUUUACGACAAGGCAAACAAACAAGAUUACUACUUUAGUAAUAGUAAACGGCUUGUUUUUGCCCAAGUCUCUUGGCAAUUAUCCGACAUUAUGAUUGUCUUUAUUAGUAUCGUACAUUAUUUAUAAAUGUAACAAUAAGAGCUUUACUUGGAGUGGUUGAAUAUAGGUUAAGUGCAUGGGAAAUAUUCUUCAAUGCUACUGCCUUGAGAAAUGGGAGACCCCCAAAAGGCUAGAGUAAAAAGGUGUGACAAAAUACUGUAGUUAUUUUUUUUUUUUGUUUUUUUUUAUAUCAUGAAGCUUGAAUUAUUAGUGGGUAAAAAGACAAAUUCUGUUACCUACUUUGAUUAAAUUAAAGUGAUUGAAGGUUUCAGUUAGAUACAUACCAUUACUUGAAAUGGAAUUUGUACUGAUUCUGUAUAAAAAAUUUAUUUUGCACGGACUAUACAGUAUUUACUGUUUAUGCAUUUAGUCAUACCGUACUUCGUCCUACAUUUAUCAUUAGGUGAAAUAAUUUUAUGCAUACAGCCAGUUGGGUUGUGUGAUGUCCAUCACAAUGGAUCAAAUUCUACGUUUUACUUAAAUAUGGUUUUGUUUUGCAACUUCUUAAAAAAAUAGGUUUUUACUUCGUUGGAUUUUUUUUUUAUACAAAACCAUUUAGUGCAUAAAGGAUCAUUAAGUAUAUGGUUACCAAGUAAUAUCUACUGCUGGAUAAAAAAUCAUGUGAAGAGCUAGCAUAAAAUAUCUAUUGUCAAGGUAUCAGAUGUUUGUUUAAAAUUCGGAAGCAUAUUUUUUGUUCGAGAUUAUAGUGACAGUUUGUUGAAAUAAAGUUGACCUGUCAACAUUUUGGGGGAAUAAAUUUUAUCUUCAUUGCUAAAGGCUUUCUCAAUUGAUUGCAGCAUAAUUGUUGUAUAUUUUUUAUGAAAAUUUUUGUCUAGUGUGGGUUACCCAAUUUGAUCAGAUGUUUUGAUAUUUGCUAAUUAAUAAUUAACUGGUCAUCUGUUCCCCUUGAAGAUAUCUAAACUUGAGUACAGUAAGUGGUAUUAGUUAUUGUGAUUUUAAAUGUCCUAAUAAUUUGUUCUUAUUAAUCAGAGAAUAUUACAUACAAGCACUGACUGUGGUAUCCCAUGUAUUUACCAUAGUUUGCAUUCAGCUCAAAUGUUAAUGAUUUUACCUGCCAGUCAUGGCCCAAUUUUAUUAAAAUCCAAUGGAACAUG